GGGUAACUGCCACCAUGGUGGAUACCUACACCGUCAUCGAGGGCACCGUCAAGUUUCGUGACGGCAAGAAGUGGAAGUCACGAUGGUGUGUGAUGAGAAAACUUUCUCCUGUCGCAGAUUGCCUGCAUCUCCAACUUUACCGGGACAGUAAGGACAGGUAUAAACAAGGCCAGACCAAGGCGUCUCUGUCCCUCCAGCACUUCUUAGGUGUCCAAUCAGGAUUCACCUUGGACAAAGAAUCCAACACGAUAGCAAUCAUAUGCCAGGAUGUAACAGUAGUACUCGCCUUUGACACCAGGGAACGUCUCAUCCAAUGGCAGGUCAAGAUAGCCAACAAUCUUGGUGAAGACGAGCAGUUCUUAGUGCAGAUCUCCUCUGCACCUAUGAGAGCCAAACUGUCUCCUGGCCCUGCACUACUACAUAUCCUUGAGUAUCAAUUCUGUUUGACUGUGGGAGUGCCACCUCGUCUUGUCGGCUGUUGGCAGAUCAGUCAACUCAGGAGAUAUGGAGUCGUGGAAUCAAGAUUCUGUUUUGAAGGAGGAUCUCGCUGUGGAAGAGGUGAAGGACUUUAUGUCUUGGUGACUGACCAGGGAGAUGAGAUAACCAGGACAUUCCGUUUGGCAGCCGAGGGAAAGUUAUCCUCAAAGAAACGUCCUGCUUCAAGAAAUGCAUCUGAUAGCCCCAAGAAGAGUAACCAUGGCCGGGCGGAGACGAGGAUGUCGGAUGUGAGCUGCCUGGAUACUUUGUUGCAGACCCAACAAGUCCCUGUUCCUCAGGACGAUGGCUGUUGUGAGUGUUCUCGUGGCCACGAGGAGAUACUCAACUGGCAACUUUCAGGGGACUUUGCUGACGCCAGCUCUGUCGCUGAUUUCAUGGAGUCCAAUACUAAAGAAAGCAACUUAUGGAUGGGAGAGACAGCCAUAGAGAGGUGUGCUAGCUGCAUCAGUAAGCUCGGAGCUCUGUCUCGAUCCUCUACAGCUGCUAUGACGCCCAACUCAUCUUUUACACCAGCGUGGACUAUGGAAGCUAACUCAACAGGUACUAAAACAGAUGCAACUAGAGCUAGUGACACCAAUGUUCUAAGUGUUGGUCUAAACCAGAGCUCUAUGACCAGUGAAUGUUCUACAGGGCUUGGAUCAGAUUGUAGGAAUGUAAAGGAGAAUCAGUCUGCGCCUGGCAAUGAGAGAUGCCAGUGUUGUCCUCCCGUCCGUCCACCAAAACCAGGGCAUCUCAGCUCCCAUUCUCCCAAGUCCUCGCCCAAAAAACGGCAGAAUGUUCCACUUGACACGUCCUGCUCUUGCAACAUAACUGUCAACCCGUACGAUAACUAUGACAUACCGAAAGCUCCACCAAGCCAUUCUUGCUCAAAGGAUAUCAAUUGCCACUGGAACCCUCUGGCCUCUGAACAGGAGUAUUACGACACACCGAAGAACAUUAUGGACAACCUUGCUCAUGAGUAUCAGAACUACGACACUCCACAACCAGUGCUCAUUGAAAGAAAGCAAAUGUGUACUUCAUUACAAAAAAAUCAGUAUUUAGCGAGGGUUGUGAUUGACAAUGAGGACAUGCACAUGGUUGCCUGCCCCUGCCAACGGAUCAUGUGUUGGGCCGAGAACUGGAUGUUCCUUCCCUACUGUCGCAGAGGCAAUGGACGAGAGAAUACUGCGCCACCUUUGCAUAAAAAAGUAACAGAAUGUGGAGGAGAAGUGAUAAUAAACAAUUUAAGUUCAGUGUACGCAACAGUUGACAAGUCAAAAAAGAUCAAAAACAGGCAGCCUAGUAAUCAAGAACUUAAGUAUGAUAAGACAGAAUCACAAUCUUUAAAUGUAGGAACGUAUUACCAAAGUGAUAAGGACAGUAGUUUACAUUCAUCUGGAUAUGAAAAUUCUACUGCACCUGGUAAUGAACAAAAGAGUAAUAUAAUGUUGAAGAGUGACGCUAAAGCAACUGAAUUAGGACAGAACUAUUCAAAUUUCGACUUUCUACAAUCUUUAGAGUUUUACGAGAACUCUAAAGACAUGAUGCAGAAGUCGGGUAAGAAUAAAUUUGAAGUUUUUGAUAAGAACGAGUCAAAACACAUAGGUGUCCAUAAAUCACAUGCAUCAGAGAAUCCUGGCUUCAAAAUCUGUAUGAAGUGCAGACAUGAAUGUAAAUUACCACCAGUGCAGCCCUGUAAACAAGAUGACUAUCUAAUGAUGGAACCGUCUGCCUCAGACAGUUCUAUAAAAAGCUCUGAACCACAACCUGUGAGUUUGUGUGGAAAGCAUGUCCCGGGCUAUCUACCUAUGCAUCCAAUCGGAGGACAAUCUUGUCUGAGCCACCAGGAGUUGCUAAAACUGAGGAUGUGCCAACAGAUGAUGCACGCAUCAGAUAGAGCAGCAAGUUCUCCGAGUCUCAUAGAACACAGCACUGAGAGGUGUCGUAAAAAAGCCGAUACAGAGUUACACAGGGCGACAGGCUCGAGUUUAUUAGGAUUCAACCACUCUGUGUCAGCUGCCAAUAGUCCGUACCUGAGGAGAAGAAUUCUUGGAUGCUUGCACGAAUCUACAGAAAGUGAUAUCAGCAGCCAAAUUUCGAGGAAGAGAUCGUGUUCAUCAGAUUCGACAAACAACUUAAGGGACAUGGACUUCAUUAUGAACAAAUCAUCGGCUUCAUCAAUUAACUCUCAAAAUGAGGUUGAGCUCAUCAAAAACAGUUCAACAGACACCAUCUGUAACCACAGGAGUCCAAAUAAGAAAUCAGUAGACUUUGACAUGACUCCGGUGACCUACAUUGAUGAUGAAUCUAGAAGAAUUGAAGAUGAUGAUACUCAUAUUUCGGAGUCAAAUGAUCUUCCAAUGAAUGAAGGGAAGAGUCAAUGUAAAAAUAUAGACUGGGCUAAAAUAGACUUCAGUGAACCUGUUGUACACAUAAGAAGAUCCUCAAGUGUUCCAAGUAAAUCAAGCCAUAACAGGGAUUCUUCUAGCUCAAACGAUUCUGGAGUUUCAACAAGUUCACUGAAGAAAAGAAAAGCAGAUUUUGUUGAUGGUGGGAUUCAAGAUUGUAGUUCUGGACCAAGUAGACGCUAUACUUAUACAAGAGGUGACAAAGACUUUCUAUGUGAGUGUUUCCACUUAUCGCUGCCAAGAAGAUCUAAAUCUGUUGAUCCUCUACGAGACUUGGCUUUCCAGUUCCAGAAGGUAGAAGUACCAAUGAAAUCUUCAUCUGCUGAGGCUGAAGUUCCAAUUUGUCAUCCGAAACGUGAAUCAAGAGGAUGCCUAAGCCCAGGUGCAGCCGUGCCCUACAUAGACUCUCGGAGCACAAGCAGUGGCACGUCUGACAUGUCAGACUACUUUGAGACUCUCUCAUUGUCCUCAUUUAGCUCUUCUGACACUCCGGAUAGCUUACACUUUGGCCAUCAAGCUGUUUCUACCAUGAGACCACGAUCUGGCAAGGAGUACCAGAAGAUUGACAGAAAUAUUCUGGAAACUGAUUUAAAGAGAGCCCAGCCAUCCAAGAGUGGAAAAGAAAGUACGUCAGCAACAGAGAAGGAAGGAUGAUCAUGAAAAGCAUCCAAUUAUAGCUCAAAUACACUUUUUUCUAGUUAUUAAAGUAUAAAUAUGUACAUUGUUCAAUAUUAAAUUUUUAAUGCUAUGAGAGUAACUAAUAAAUAAACUUUAAUUUAUCAUACAGUUUUCCAUACACACGUAAGAUAUUUAUAGAUCUUUAAGGCCUAAACUUUUACAUAUGACAUGAAACUAGAGAGCUUAUUGCUUACUACUUACAAAUAAAAAGGCUAAUUUUCAUUUACAGAAUUUUGCAGAAGCAUAUAUGGCAAAAAAUGUAUUUUUUCCAACUAUUACCUGUGUUUUUAUUUUUUAUAAUAAAUAGUUCACUAAGAAUUUCUUAUUUACAUGUAUACUUGAAUAUUGUGAUACUAUAAUUUAAUUUUGUAAUAAUACCAAAGAGAUAAGUUUUACUAUUUAGUCAAAGCAUUACAUUUAACUUAAGUAUACGUUUGUUUAUUACUUUUAAUUUACUGUGUGUAAUAUAGUGUUAGUAAUCCUUGCUGUAAUUUAUUGUAUUUUUUCGUUUGUUGGUGCAAUCGUUUUGUUUUGUUGUGAAGUAGUAUUCCGGUUUAAUAGUUAUUUUUGUAGUAUAGAAAAGAGAUUGAAACUACUGACUGCCAAAGUGACUGAGAAGCUAUUAUAUGAAACAUAUUGAUUUGAUGCCAUAUCAUUAACAAUAGAUUAUAUUCCAUAUCAGGAUUUACUACUUUGUUACAUCUUCCAUAAAUAAAGAACAUAAUCAGUGCUUCAGGGUAACACCUUUUAGGUAAUUCCUGGAAACGUAGGGGGUAGGAAUGAAUGAAUGAUUUCAUCGCACAGGGUUACACUUAAUGUACUGUAGCUAAGAACCACUUGAUGGUAAGUUACAACCACAGAGAAUACAGUAAAAAUAAUUCUUUCUUAUGAAUAAAGUCUGUGAACAUAGCCUUAAAAGUGUUUAUCUGGUCUUAAAAUUUCAAUAAUAUAUAAAUGAUAGCAUCAGUUAUUUCUUAACGCUCAUUCAAAUAUGUAUAGGUGCUCCCAGGCACACUGAGGAUUAAACCAUUUCCCAUGAUUCAAUAUACAAUCAACAACCCGCAAUCAAAAAUCAACAACAGGAGUACAAUCUGCAUUUUACCCUUCGUUGAUUCCCUCCCUCUUUUGGAUGAUACUGUGACCACUUUUAGAAAAGUUUUCUGAUUUUGACCAAAUUUUUCUAAAACUUGUUUUAAACCUAUAUUCUAAGAAACUCACAAAAUAUAUUUCCAUCCUCGAUCAGAAAACCUGUUAAAUAACAUUAAAAAGGGGGUGUGGAGAUACAAGUACUAGUUCCACUAAAGCGAAAAAAAUUGUAUCAAUAACGUCAAUCUUGGAAAAGCAUGUCCCAUGAGAACAGGCAAAAUAAGGCUAAAACAGGGAUUGACCUCUCUUUUUUUAAUUAAAAAAAAGACUUGUAACCAAAUACAUGGGAAGUUAUAAUAUAUUUUUACCUCUAAUGUAUAAAAGACAUUACAGAUCAUUUUCCAGUGGUACAUUAGAAAUUAACAAAGGUCAAAAAUUUAUUUAAUUUAAAAUAAUGAUCCUUUUAAUUGAAGUUCAAGAAAAAAAAUAAAGUACAUCAACAUUAAAAAAAUAUUGUCUUGUGAAAUUUAGGAUAUAUACGUAAUGCUUUAAUGCUAUCAUAGGUCUACCAAUUACUAAACACUAUUUAGUUCAUCUGUAUCUGUGUGGUUAAACUAUUCUGAAUGUAUACAACAUUACGAUAAAACUGUAUUUUUGAUUCCUGCAAGUCCUUUAAGCACUUUUACUUGGUCAAACACAAUGAACGAUCUGGAAAAAUCCUUUCAACUAGAAU